CGAUGAGUAAUCAAGAGGAGAGCAGAGAGUGAGAAACAAGAAGACACGAGCAGAGGGAGAGAGAGAGAGAGAGAGAGAGAGAGAGAGAGAGAGAGAGAGAGAGAGAGAGAGAGAGAGAGAGAGAGAGAGAGAGAGACUCAUCGAUCUGCCUAAGUCUCAGAGAAAAGGAACCGUCGGCAUUCCCAGUGUUUUUUCUUUGGCGCGGGGCCCGCGUGGGGGGCGGAGAGAGAGAGAGAGAGAGAGAGAGAGAGAGAGAGAGAGAGAGAGAGAGAGAGAGAGAGAGAGAGAGAGAGAGACAAAGACUGGAAGCGCUCCUCAGCACCGUCGAUGUGUCUUCAUCAGAUCUUGGUGCAUCUUCUCCCCCUUCUUUUUCCAUUUCGGGGUCGCGUCUCUCAACGGGUGACCACUUUGUCGACCUCGUUCUCGGUUGGAACGCUUUUUAGACUGCUCGAAGCGGAUUCAGCAGGAUGUUUACGCCCGUGUCUGCAGUUCUUCUUGCUCUCUCCAGACGACAGCCAAACCAACAAAUGCCUGCAUUGAGUUUGCAGGAGCUGAUAACUGCAGCACGGAGUCAUUGCGGAGGACAAAAAGUCGAGCUGACGCGUUCCAUUCAGGAGUGUUUAGAUAAGCAGUUGAUUCCAAAUCAGAUAGUUGUUUGCCGAAUGGGAAGGUAUAGUUUGACGGACGACGGCGAGAGAAAACUUCAGCACAUGCUCCGGUGCACGUGGGAUGAAGAGGCAAUAAUGCCCGGCUUAAAAUCUCCUCCUCCCCCACCACAGUCGCGAAACAGCCAAGCGCGGGGCGGAGGCAGAAAGUAGGCAGAGAGAGUCUAACAUUCUAAGGGGCGCAGUUUUGACCAUUCACCUGGUUGCAAUGCAGGUUGUUUUUGACCAAGUGUAGUAGCGCAGCGGGCGGCGGCCCGAUCUAAUUUCGACACGCACUUGCUGAUGGCAGUUUUCGUUGAAGAAGAUGAUUAAAACUGUCACAAUCAGUUUGUACAGUUUAAAUUUUAGUUUGCGAGUUUUUCGCCCGUAGACAAGUCUUAGAGAGAAAAACAGUGAAUCAAAAGGCGCACAGUGCACAGCGCGAUUGCGGUGCAAGAUGACGUCAGAUGAAAUUAGGUGACAUUUGUUUCGUUAUGUUCAUUUGUCUAACGAAUUCGGUCCAUUCUUUGCAUGUGUAAAUGAGAGAGAGAGAGAGAGAGCGUAGGGUAUUAUGAGAAUGGCGCACUUGUGUAGAUGGUUUUCUACACGACGUCAGAUGAGCCCAGAUGACAUUAUUUCAUGACGUACAUUUGUUCAAUGAAUCCGCGGUGCGUGAAAAAAACUUCAGAAAAGACGCUCGAUUUGCAGUUACAAAAAAAAGUCAAAUUGCUGACAGGACAGUUCUCCCUGGAGUUGCACUUGUGAACAUUCACUCCCCUCUUGAAGGGGCUGAAGCCAAAUUUGUCGCCGAGUUCGAACCCAUGGUGGAACGAUGGGAUGGGACCAUCUGGGACUGAAUCUUCGUGAAGAUUCUGAAGUUUGCGGUGUGACCACAUUCUUUGUGCGCUGGGUGGAGCUUCCUUCCGGGACACCUAAACUCACGAGCUGCUUGUGCACUGGGCAAUUGUUUUCUCACUCCUGGUUCAACUCAGUCGGUGUACGAGGACUCGUACCUGACCGUAGUUAACCUUAUCGGUUAUCUUUGGUCAUUCUGGAUCGUCUUCCCUUUCCUAAUGGAGUAACUGCUCAGGGUAGUAGUCGUUCAUUUCUUUCACCGGUGCCGUUAAUUUUCAUCGAAUGUAGUCGGAUUUCUGCGAGGCAAGGUUGACACACGCAGGCAAGGAAAACGGAAAUUAGAAAGUUUUGCUUCCAAGUCGGUGGAGGACAGAAAGGGUUCUUGGUGGGGUCUGUCUUGGUCGUGAGGUAUGUGGACGUGAGCGCGUUCAUCAUCUGGAGGUCAUAAUCGUCUUCAUCGUCUCGAGUUGUUAAUCAAUAUGCCAUUUUUUA